AUGAAGCUCUUAAUUCCACUCGUGAGAACCCGUCCUCCUCCUCAUGAGGCUCCUCCCAUCGCUCCACCCACAUCUCCUCAUGAGCCAGGCGGAGGGGUGCUCAAUCGCAUCAACUCGUCCUCCCCUCCUCUCUCACCCACCAGUACCCUCCCGCCCCACCUCUCCCUCCUCCUCUCUCACCUCACUCCCUCACACCUCCCCCCCGUUUGCCGCACCGACCCAACAACCCACUCCCUCUCUCCCAUCUGCGCCUCUCUCUUCUCCCCUCCAUCUCCCCUUCAUCUCCCUCCUCCCUACAACCCCCGUUGCCCGUUUUUUCCCCUCCAUCCCCCCGUCAUCCCCUCUCUUCCCCCCUCCUCCCAUCAACCGCCCUCUCUGCCCGCCUUUCUCCCCUCCUCCAAGCCCCUCUCAAUUUCACCUCUGUGCAACCAAUCCCUUCUGCUGCCACACCUGUAUCUUGUUCUGAGACGUCUUAAAAUCCCUUCUUUCUUCACCCCCUCCAGGCACCUCGCUUUUGCACCUCUGCGCAACCGCUCCCUGCUGCUGCCGAACCUGCUCCCGCCAUCCCCCUCCAGGUACCUCGCCUUUGCACCUCUGCUCAACCGCUCCCUGCUGCUGCCUCUAGUGCAUCCCACCUCUGCCGCUGGUGCCUCUACUCAGAACGAGGGGGCAUGGUUCACCCGUGGGUUCAGGCAAGGGAGCCGCAUGGACGUAGGCUCGCCUGGCUCUUCCGCUGCUAAUCCCUCCGCCCACUCAUCCUUCUCGUCCACCUCCUCUUUCUCUUCCUCCUCCUCUCGCUCCUCGUUUCUCUUCAGCACCUCCCCGCACACACUCCCCAGCGCAUCUGUGAGCGGCUUGUCCCUCUCGAGAGUGCAGAGUUACCUGCGCACGUGGCUUAUGAGCGGAGAGAGUAAGGAGGAGGAAGAGGAAGGGCACAGAAGCCUGGCGCUGUCAGCGUCCACGCACACUGGCAGGCGGCUUAUGAGCAGAGAGACACCAAGGGGGGUGGGAGAGGAGGGUGGGAGAGGAGAGGGCGGUGAGCGAGAUGUGAUAGAGGAGGGAGUGGUGGGAGGGCAAGGAUGGGGACAUGGACUUCUGCGUGCACCAGCAGAGCGGAUAGGCCUGGGAGUGGAUGUGGACGUGGCAGCCGUGCAGCAGUGCGUGGGGCAGGGCCAAGUGGUCACUGUGGACGCAUACCUGAGAGGCGAGGUGUUGGGAGCGGUGGAGAGGGGUGGUUGGGCCGGAUGGGGGUGA